AUGGAUAAGAAGUCUCGAUCGGAAGCUGCAAGAAAAGAAGCUCUUGCGGCAAAAAAACAACUCGAACAGGAGCGAGCCUUGGCUAUCAAAAUAUCUUUGUCAAACAAGGAUGCUAACAGCAAACGCAAAGUUUUCGAUAGUGAUGGAGAAUUGGAGAACGAUGAUAUUUCGUCGAAAACGACAAUUGUGAAACAGAAAAAACAACGACAGAAUGUGGACACUGAAGCCAAAACUGACAGUAACAGUGGCGGGUUUGAUCAACGGUUCCAACUGGAUGAAAGAUUUAUCGACGACCACGAAGAACAAUUUGAGAUUCCAAGCACAUCUGGUACCAAAGAAAUUGAAGAAAAUGAAAGCGUCAAAAAACCAAAGCGAGCACAAGUGGAAGAACUUCCGCCUCAAAAAGUCAAUCCAGGACAAUAUUACGAAAUGGAUACAAGCUUUUUGGAUUUGCUGAAAAAGAAUGCUUCUCAUACACCAACAAGCAAUAGCUUUACAUUUUUGAAACCAAUCGACAAACAAGGUUCGGCAAAGAAAAUUGAUACAACUGAAGUUUCAAAUGCCUACGCUGAGAAGUCCACCAAAAAACCGGAAGUUGUACACAGAGAGGUUGAAGAUUCGAGUGGAGAAGAAAAUGAAGACUAUGGAGAACACUUCAAGACUGCCGAUCUUUCAACAAAAGUGGAUUUGAAGCGAAUUCCUUUCUUCUUUACUGGCGAAGAGCCAGAGAUUCGCUCAGUUGUAUCCAACUUUCGUCGGACUCAAGAUGAAAAGAAAAUAGAAAAGGUGUGGAACACGUACAGACAAUCCAUCCAAAGAAUUGUGAAUCAUAUGAAGAGAAAUGCAAGAAGAAAUAUCAAGGAACGUGGUUUGCGGUACAACUAUGGAAAUAAGAAACGCGAAAAAGAAGAAACAAAACAAGAU